AUGCCGAAAGCCACAACACCAAACGCACGGUCGCGCCGUCACAAUCCCCUCGAGUCCGAUAUCCUAGCCACUGGGGUUUUGCGACAGAAGGCUCCCAAGAGGAAACACAAGGAGUCGGCCGAGGCCGAGAACUAUGUCGACAGCCGAGCCUCCCAGCAGAUUUUGGCCCUAGGACGAGAGCUGCUUGAGGACGAGCGGCAAGAGAGUGGGGCUGCCCCGGAGAAAAGUCACGAUGCCUUUGCUCUCGAGUCUGGAAGGUUCGGGGAGGAGGACAGGGCCGACGAUGACUUUCCUGCAGAGGAUGCUUGGGGUUCGGACGAAGAAGUGGAAGAGGUCGAGGUUGACCCUGAAGACCUCGAGGCUUUCAAUCGAUUUCUGCCAGCAGAUGGAGACGACGACCCUUUACUUCGACUAGGAUGGGGAGGUCAAGCAGCCGACGAGGAGGAGGCUCCAACCAACCUUGCCGAUAUAAUAUUGGCUAAGAUUCAAGAAAAGGAGGCCAUGGAUGCAGGGAAGAUUCCACAGGUGUCCGCCGUGGACGAGGAGAUGCAGGAUCUACCACCAAAGGUGGUGGAGGUAUACACCAUAAUUGGCCAAAUGCUGGCAAGGUACAAGUCAGGAAAGCUGCCCAAACCAUUCAAGGUUUUACCUACAAUCCCACGAUGGGAAGACAUCCUCGUUGUUACGAACCCAGAACAGUGGACGCCAAACGCAGUAUUCGCCGCUACCAAGAUAUUCUCGUCCGCCAACUCUGCCGCUGCUCAAAGAUUCAUGGAGCUUGUGGUCCUGGACGCCUUCAAAACGGACAUUUUUGAGCACAAAAAGUUGAACCCUCACUUGUUCAACGCGCUCAAAAAGGGUUUGUAUAGGCCUGCGGCUUGGUUCAAGGGUUUUCUUUUCCCAUUAGUCUCAGGCGGUUGCACGCUUCGAGAAGCUGCAAUUGUUGCUGCAGCACUCGCAAGGGUGUCAGUCCCAGUGUUGCACUCGGCGGCAGCGAUCAAGGGACUCUGUGAUAUUGCGGCCCAAGAGGCAUCGCAAGGCACCGAGGGUGGUGGUGCUACCAACAUUCUGCUGCGCUGCCUGUUGGAGAAGAAAUACGCACUACCGUAUCAGUGUAUUGAUGCUCUGGUCUUUCACUUUUUGCGAUUCCGAAACGCGGAUCCUGCAUCUGUCAAGGAUGAAGACGUUAGCAAAAUUGGCAAAGAUGGAGCAGCAAUGAGCAGAACAGCGCUGCCUGUUAUUUGGCACCAGUGCCUCCUAUCCUUUGCCCAACACUAUAGGGAUCAGAUCACCGAAGAGCAACGUGAACUUUUGUUGGAUCUGCUCCUCACACAUGGGCACUCCGGAAUUGGGCCCGAGGUUCGCAGAGAGCUUCUGGCGGGCAGAGGACGGGGUGUUCCACUCGAACCAGAAGGUCCGGCUUUUGACGGAGACGACACAAUGCUCGUGGACUAA